GAUUGGCCGCGCGCGACCUCUCGCCACGUGACGGAGCGCGGGCCAAUCGGCGCGUCCGGCGAGCAGCGCGCGACCAUGGCGGCGUCGUCGUCUCCCGCCAGCGGCGACGCGGAGUCGCUGGGCGCCAUGGUGGGCGACUUCUGCGCGAUCACCGGUGCAUCUCAGGAUGUGGCGCUACACAUGCUGGAGGCGUGCGGCAAUGAGUUGCACACGGCCGUCACCAUGUUCCUCGACGGCGGCGCAGGCUCCGUGCCCACGGCCGCUGCCUCCCCGCUGGAUGCCGCACACGGUCCCCCCGGCUCGUCGCGCUCGCAUUCGCGGUCGCACACGCACGGGAGGGUGCACGCACCGCGCGCGCGACACGCCCUCAGCACCGCCACCGCGGCCACCAUCGGCGCCGCGGCUGGCACGUCGCAACAGGCGGAAGACCUCGACGGAGGGGAGGUGCGGGCACCCAUCCCACAGAAACAGGAGGUGCUGGUGGAUCCAGAACCCAUCUUUGGGGCCCCCAAGCGAAGCCGACUCUCGCAGUCGGUGUUCGACGGAUUCCGAGACUUCCAGACCGAAGCGAUCAGGCAGGAGCAGGAGCUUCUGAACGGUGGAGCAGUCGAUAGGAGGUUAAAGACGCUCGCCGACCUCUUCAGACCGCCCAUCGACCUCAUGCACAAGGGCACCUUCGAGACGGCAAAGAAGACGGGGCAGUCGCAGCGCAAGUGGCUCAUGGUGAAUAUCCAAAAUGUGCAGGACUUCUCCUGCCAGUGUCUCAACCGCGACGUGUGGAGCCACGAGGCAGUCAAGGCUGUCAUCCGUGAGCACUUCAUCUUCUGGCAGGUUUAUCACGACAGUGAGGAGGGGCAGAGGUACAUGCAGUUCUACAAGCUGACGGAAUUCCCAUACGUGUCCGUGCUUGACCCUAGGACAGGGGAGAAACUCCUCGAGUGCCAUCGGCUCGACGCCAACUCGCUGCUUGAGCUCGUCACCGAGUUCCUAUCCACGUACAACCUCAACGAGGCCUCACCGGGGAAACCAAAGAAACGCUCGCGCACGGCGAGCCUGAUAGAUGCUAGCGAGGACAGUCAGCUGGAAGCCGCUAUUCAGGCUUCACUUCAGGAGACGCACUACGGGCCGUCGGCCGCCCCCUCUCCUCCCCACUCGUCAGGGGCCCCCUCUGACGAUGACAACGACGACGAUGACGACGAGAUCGACAAUGAGGUGGCGGAGGGCAGUGCGGGCGGUGCAGCUCGGACUUGUGAAGACGACGACGACGACGAUGAAGACGUCUGCGUCGACUCCACCGAGGGCUCCAACCCGGCGUGGGAGGACAGCGGCAGCGCGGGGGGAGAGGAGAAAGGCCCCCAGUCUCGGCUCAUGGUUCGAUUCCCAGAUGGGAAACGCGAGCAGGUGGUGAUGGCGGCAGAGGCAACGUUAACGGCCCUGCUGAGCCUAGUUGAGGCACGCGGUUUCCCAGGCGACCGCUUUGAGCUCGUCACCAACUUCCCACGGCGGAAGCUGGCGGCACUGGGAGGAGACACGACGCUACGGCAGGCAGGCCUCUUCCCCCACGAGACCGUCUUCGUGCAGGAGAGGGUGUGAUGGCCUCCAUCACGCCUCGUCCUCACCUCAUUUCCCAUCGUCCCGUCGUUUUUUCCGUUCUCCACAGCGUCCGCCUCGUGGGCUCGGCUCGGUUGUACGAUGGAAAAGAAGUAUGAUGCGUAUGCCACCCGUACCAUGCCGCCGCUCCCCCGCCCCGUGCUGGCUCGGCUCGGUUGUAUGAUGGAUAGAAAUACUCGGCGAGCCGAGGCAACGCAGGGCCCUCGUGGUACGGGUGAUUUUUCACCGACUGUUUGCCAUGCUGAGCCAGAACUGAAUCAUCGUACUACGCUAGCCUUGUGACAUUGAAUCUGGCUUGGGGCAAAACAGGGCCAGCGGUGGUGGGGCUAAUGACGCGUUGAUUGCGUGGGAUGUGAGUCCUGGUCAACUGCGCGACAGCAACGGCACGGCUCACCAUCUACAGUGGAAAACAACCAGGGAACCUCCUGAGCCGAGCUGGCUUGGCAGGGUUGUAUUGUCGAAAAGAGGUGUGAGAGACAGGGUAUGGCUGGCAACACCUCUUUUGCUUCGUUGAAUUCCAAGGCAGAGCUGGGGUCGAUUGUAAUCGGGGCUUCAUAUUAGCUGGGUCUGUUUGGUUACCAGCCAUGUGCCACCUACUCCACUGUCUACCAGCAACCCGGAAAAUAUUGACAUUUUAAGUCCUGAUCAUAAUUAUGAUUACAGCUCUAUUGUUUGGCAAGUUUCCAAUUACAAUCGACCCUCUCCGAUUAGCUCGGUUGGCUACGUACGGUGUGAAAGAAGUUCUACAUACGUCCAAGGUAAUCGGGGUGAGGGAAGACCCAGAUAACACAGGUAAUGCUGAACAUGUAAAUGCAGCUUCAGAAACGUUUUGAGUGUUUUUUCUGCCUCGCAAAGUAAUCGGUUUACUUGUUUGUGAUGUAUUUUGGUCACGAGGCCACUCGGCUCAUCCUUAGUGAGGAGCAGAUAAUUCAACCAGCAAGCAUAAACAUUAUUUAUUUUUCCACAAGCACGUUAAAUCGACAGUUCGCCCACUUAUGAUAGACAGUAGUGAAUGCAAUUCGUUACCAAUUGCCACAAUUGCAAUUGUUAUCGACCCUAGUUGUGAUCCAGUGUCAAUGUCAUCGCAUCUUUCUACCCAAACGAGCGUGAGACACACUCAUCUCUUUAGGCUGUUCUUAGACAUGGGUGGAAAUUACACAUUCUCAUGGUGGGGCCAAGUUCAUCCACGGGAUAAUCACUCGCGGUGUAACAAUGUUGCUUAAAAGUGAUUGUGAUGCUCACGAUAUUCGUGCCGCAUGAUGUUAUAAGAAGCACAAUGACCGUACGUUGGGUUCAUUGGCGGGACAGCUGCAGCCAUCCAGAAGUACUGAACAUCACGAUAUGUAUUAAAAAAAAGAUGAUCAAAUCAUGACCCCUGGCAUCAUACCAAAUCAUUGAACCGCGAGACGGGGACAAUUCAUUACCGAGCUAAUAAUGUUUUAGCUUCCACCGAGUUGCCCUUAUUCCAGGGUAAGAAGUUUCAAAGUCGGAGCGUGUGCCUGCUCAUUGGCCAACUCUCAUGGGGUGGCUUGCAGGGGCUCAUAAUGGCUGUGUCGGAGACACUGAGCUGACACCGUUGAGAUCCUGGCUUUUAUUAUGGAUUUUAGCUGCCCAGCCAUGAUUAAUCCACAUUCUGAAGUGUAUUGAGUUGAUGACCUUAGUUCGAUCACCGAUGACCCGCACACGAAACACGUCACGGGAAAUGUAUUCCAGUGAUGGACAGUUGAAUAAAAUCUUAGUUUGGCUGCCAAGCAACCAACCACCAUCUCUACCGCAGUGCAUGUGCGCUAGUGCGGUGCCCCGAGUGUGCUUUGCAAAGCGACGAGCCCUCGAUGGCGGGCACGGGAAGGUGCACCAUCAUGCUGUGUGCGGCUGUAGAGGCAUUUGAAGGGAUCUCGGUGGUAGUGAGAUGAUGUCCUUUUCCACACGCCAUUCUUUUCACAGGUGAUGUUACAAUGCUCCCCGAAGGAAUAUUGUUUUGCCUAAUAAUAGCACGACUAUUGGAAUAUAGAUUUUGAUUGCCAUUAUUGCGUAUACAAUGGCGAUGAAAAGAAUACAUCGGAAAUGUGAUUUUCUCAGUAACGAGGCUUCGCACCCAAUGUUGGUGGACACCCCAUGAGAUCUCGGCUUGGCUGAGCCUCCGUAAAUGGAGUGAAUGCAGGCGCGUGUGUGUUUCGGGUUGUGCUUGUCUUGAGAACGACUGUAAUUGAUGCCUUUCCGUGACCAAUCUAUCCGCUCGGCGUUCUUGCAUUUUGAACGCUGCAUGCACAAAGAUUCUGCCGUUUUAUAUUUGAGGCGUUUUCUUUUUCAUCUUGGGAGUUUUUGUUUUCUGACCAGAACGAUCGAUGUUUUAUUUUAUUUGCGCACGUGUUUGCGUCGUACGGGACCAGACGUCCGGGUUGCGUUUCCCCGUCUGACCGCGUGUUUCAGUUCCCACGUGAAGGGUUGGUGUUAUAACUGCGUGGGUCCAUCCUCUUUUCACCCACUCCCCUCUCUGCCCCCCCCCUCCCUUCCUAAUCCACCUCUCAUUUAUUAUCCCCCCACUUUUGCUUGGGGUUUCAAGAGAGGCUAUUUUUUAAGUAGAAUAUAUGAUGUUAACCUAGUUUAGUCCCACCAGUUUGACCUAAACAGGUUUUGACAAACCAGGUAAAAAAAAAAUUCUCAAUGAUAAUUACAGUAGAUUCUCGAUUAUCUGCGUGCAGAUUAUCCGAUUUGCGGAUUAACCUCGCGCCUGAGAUUUUGACAACAAUUAAUAACCGAACGAAUAUGUGCUUCGGUUCAUCCGAAAACCACGUCAUUACCUCUACAGUACAGUAGUUGCGUAUCUUUACAACCGUGCAUGGAGUUUAAUUGAUUUUGAUUGUCGUAGUUCUGCUAUCCACUUAGUGGGUGGAGUCUUCUGCGCAGGAGCAAUAAACUAUCACUCAACACGCGCGUCGAUCGGUCGAUCGUUGGUUGUUGCCAUAGAGAUCCGCGAGCAUUGUAUAAUUUUUGAUUAUCCGAAAUUUUUAAUUAACCGCGGCCGUCAUCCCCAUCAUUCGCGCGGAUAAUCGAGAGGCUACUGUGUAUCCCUCCCCAAAGAGGCAGUGGUGUUUUAAACGUUUUGAGUAAAGUGGUAGUGUUAACCCAUUGAUCGCAUGAACCCACGUGAAAAAGAGCUGGUGUGUAGGCCUGUGGACGAUUCACUGUCAACUUUCACAAUUCGAUUCAGCAAUUUGUUGUCCAGUUCUGCCUCUAUACUGUGUCUCUUCUGUCUCCUCUAUGCUGUCUUCUGUAUUGUCCGUCUCAUCUGUAUGUAGGUCCCUUGUUUUUAGCUUUCAUCUGCCUCAUGCCAUUAUCCUGAAAGUAUAAUUUGCAUACAACUUGCGUAUACGUUGCAUACAUCAUCAGUAAUUGAUUGGAAUACAUGGUUCAGUGUAUGUAUUGUGUCUCGUGAGAGUCGAUGUUGAUUGAUGAAUUAUGCAUCUGAUAACGUGAGGCCACGCGUCCGUGACAAAAGGGAGAUCUGGUGGGUAAGAGGCCGUUUUUGCACCUAACUCUGUGGAGUCAGACAUUCGAUGUUUUGAUGACGGAGGUCACCAUGCGUUGAUAUUUUACUUCUCUAUUGCCAAUUAUUGCCAUCCAUCCACCACGCUGCGCGAUUUUGCGUUUACAUGCGAAUUGUUACAUGCAUUGUAUUUUUUAGGCUGUUCCAGUUUUUAAUAUCCAAGGGGACCCACUGGCUGCCACCACAGUUGGCGAUGCGGGCCAUGGAAACAGUAACCCCUGCCCCCUGCGUAUCGUGUGUUGAGACACGCCGCUGUCCUGCGAUGUGCUGUUACCAUCGAUCACAAUCGGGUUUGGGAUCCAAGAUGACGUUUGGUAAUAGGGAUGGAGGGGGGGCAGAAUUAUUAAAUGGCAGCAUCAGUGUUUCCUACUGCGUUGCCAAACGGACACGGGACUGAGGGAAAGCCCCUCCUCGCGCAGGUGUGAGAUUGGGAUAUUCACUUGGACUCGCUUUGCCCCAACCAUAUCCCAAACUAUAUAACCUUAGACAUAAAAUUGGAGCUAAUGUUAGCCCUUAUGCGAACACUUCCAAAUUCCAUCGCUCGAGCCCUUUUGCUAAUAGUAGUCCCAAACCAGAGGUCGGCAAUCUGUGGCUCUAAGCACUGCUUCGUGACGUUAUUCAUUAAGAACUGUCUCGGAUUCACAUGCAUUGGCAGCUCUUAAAAUAUUCAGGUUUUUUUUUACUGAAAUCGAAUCAAAUGGCUCGUUAUUUUGGUUGCCGACCCCUGCCCUUAACCAUAACCCUAACAUGCCAAACCAUAUCCCGAACUUUAUUCAAAACCUUAACCCUCGCACCAACUCUUACGAUUGGUGUGGUUGUGCACGCCUGUGAAACAGGGCUUUGGAGGCAAGGGUUGUGGAUCACAGAGUUAUGAAACUCCCAAACCCGCUGGGCUGCGAGGUGGCCAGGAGAUGGCAGCACAGCAAGUGGGUUCAUGAACCAAUUUAUGGGACCAUUGAGUGUUAUGUCCCCUCUUAUGUUUUGUGGGUUUUCUCUGGGCACUCAAAUUUCUUCCACAUCAAGCAAACCACUCCAUAAAAAAUGAAUUGACCAAACUAUGUAAAAACAUAACUACGAUGAUUACAACUCGAACCCUACCCUUAAUAUGAACUCUUACUAUCCCCUAACCGCCCUAUCAGUAAUAAUUUCCAUUACCCAACACUAACAGUAUAACCAGGGGUGUAAUGAUGCAUUGAAUCAGUCGUGAAAUGGAAUCGACGUCUAUUCGUAUAGGUCGUAUGUAAUGGGUGCAGCUUGUCCAUGCACCCGCUACUUUCAUCCUGCCCCAUAAGUAUGUUGAACUUCUUUCGCGCCGUACGUGGCCAACAGUGCUAAUCGGAGGUGCCCCAUCAUCACGUUGCUGCCCCAUAAUCACGUUUCGCCAACUCGAGCUCGGGGGUGCGGAUCUCGGCAGGCCGUAGGUAGGAACCGACCUGCGACUUCAUUUCACACGGCCCUCGGCCCUCAUCAUGAGCCAUUGUAAGCAUCUUAGCUGUGCUAAUCGGGUACUAGAGGCGAACAUCUUUGACCUGCCGACACUUCUGUUUUUAACUAUAUCACGCUCAGCCUCUUGCAGUCACAGACGUGUCCGAGGUGUGUGUGUGUGCGUGCGUGUUAAUGUGUGGUUGCCCACCAGAGGUAUUGAAGGACCUCGCAAAGGAAAAGAUUGCUCAACCCUGCUCUAAACCUGAUGCGCCUACUCCCAAUCUCGAGCCCCAUCUCUAAACCUGGCCCUAAGCCCAUAUGUAGCCCCCCCGUGUUCUCUUGUGACUGCGUUCUGGGCACGUGUAAAUGCACGCGCGUUCCACAUGUACAUACACACACGCGCGGCCCCGUGUCACCUUGAAUGUGGCGUGUAGUUUAAACUGUACAUAUGGUUAAGUGACAUUUGAUGAGAUGAUAUGAUAAUAAAAUGCUUUGUUUUCA